UCCACGGUUCGUUUUAGCGAUCUCCUUUCGCGAACAUUCGCGUUUGACGGCUCAAUCGGCGAGACUCGCGCCGCAAUUGCGAGUGUGCAUUGUCUCGCGUAUCAAACGCAGAGAGCGCUUGUGCACACGCAUAUGCGCAAUAUGCCGGCUGCAACGGCGAGCGGAUUGAUUGUUCGCGGCUACAUUCGCGCGACGCGCCGUUUCGUCGUGCGCCGCGCGAGUUAUCACGUAGUCGACGAGGGCUCAUCUUCGAGGGGAUCGCCCUCGCGUGCGCCGCUCGCUGAUGAAGCGUCGAUACGCCGCACCGUGUCUGCAGUCUGUGUUGCGCCGCUCGGCACUCUCGUGGUGAGCGAGAGGACAGGUGAGAGAGAGAGAGAGAGAGGGGGGGAAAGUGCCGACGACAGAAGCUCGCCGUGCGGAGAUAGAAGCAAAAGGAUCGAACAGCCCGAGCGUGACCGCUGAGGCGUUAAUAAUGCCACCUCGGGGGACUCGAGUGCAGUCGUUUCCGUUUCACGGAUAACCAGGCACAUCCGCGCCGACUGCGAAAUUUCCUCCGCGAGUCCUCCCGGACUGCAACGGCGCGGCGACGGCGGCGGCGGCGAACAGUGAAAUUGUACGAGGCCCGAAGAGAGAAGAAAUAAAGAAAAACACGAGGAGAACGUUACGAGAAUGUUAUCAUCCGGCGGGAAUCACGCGUGUAGUUGACCGGCUCGUUAACGCGAUGGUGUGAGGCUUACGAGAGUAUCACGCUGUGAACGGUAAAUUAGCGUCGAUUGCGAGACGCAGGAAAGGAUCUCGCGGAAACAGCGCGCCAUCCGGUGCGUGGUUGCAGUCGGUCGCUUUUGCGCGAGCGUAAUGGCGUAAUGUUGCGUUUUCAGGGGUCAGCGAGGCGAGCGUGCAGCUGCAGCAGCCGAAACUGCCGGCCGCGAUCCACGUGGGCAGCGAGAUCGAGCUUCGGUGUCACGUCGACGGCUCCGGCGACAUGACAUACGAGUGGUUCAAGAACACGAUGAGCCUGGCGCGAAGCGAGCGUAUCGAGAUCAAGAAGAAGAAGCUGCACAUACACAAGGCGGUCGCCGAGGAUAGCGGUAUGUACAGUUGCCUGGCAAAGAACGAAGCGGGCUCGUCGCCGGUGACCGAGAGCUAUCCGCUAAUCGUUUCCGGAAAUGAGACCGCGACGAUUAAGGUCGUGCCGCGAAACCUGAUUGCCAAACGCGGCGAGCCGGCCGUGCUGCACUGCAUCUUCGAAGACGCCGACGAUGUGCAGUGGUUCUUCAAAGAAAUCGGCCCGCUGGAAUCCGACGAGGAGCGGACGAUCUUUGAGAACGGCACCCUCGUGAUACACAUUGCCGACCAAAGGGACCAGGGAUUUUACUCCUGCCAUGGAUUGAGGGACGAGAGUAGUAUCAGUUAUACGGUCGAGUUGCAAAUUGCCUAUUUGUUGAACUUCUCGAUGGCCGCCUUCGAACCGAAACGUCCAACUCAGCUGGCGAUCGUCGGCGAGGAUCAAGAAUUCCAGAUAAGCUGCCUAGAACCUUUAGGCCUACCGCCGCCCAAGGUUUAUUGGCGAGAUCCCAGGGGACACAUAAUAAGCGACACCGGCCCCGUGCGUGUUCAAGACAACACGCUCAUCAUCGCUCAGGCACGAAUGAACGAGGAUGAUGGCAAUUACACCUGCGUGGCCGAGAAUCUCGCCGGUGAAACGGAUAUAUCCGUCCAAAUAGUCAUAUCCACCCCGCCGAGUAUCGUAAGCUCCCCGGAGUCGCUGAGCGUGAUGGAAGGCGACUCGGUGACGCUGACCUGUUCGUAUUCCGGCAUGGAGCCGCCGGUGACUCACGUGCAUUGGCUGAAGGAUGGCGCGCAACUGAGGGAGUCGGGCGGCCCGACGAGAUACCGCGUGACCGACAAUCAUGGCAACGUUACCUUGCACUUCAAGAGCGUCGAUCUGUCUGAUAAGGGGCACUACAUGUGCCAGGUGUUCACAACGGGAUUCCCGUCUCUGUUCUCGGACCCGGCCGUUCUCACGGUCGAGGAGAAGCUCAAGUUCUCGCCGCAACCGGUCAAUAAGCGCCUGGAGCUGAACUCCGUAGCGAAGGUGUCGUGCAAAGCGCAAGGCGCCACGAACCCGACGGUCAAAUGGGUGAAGGAGGGCGAGGGCGAGGAAUUUCCCAAGCACGUUCAGGACAUCAACGGAACGCUGCACUUCAACCACGUGCUGGAGGAGGACAAGGGCCGAUACACUUGCAUAGCGAGCAACGCUCAAGGCUCCAUCAAUCACACCAUCAGCAUCGAUGUAGUCAUCAUGCCCAAGUUCACGAUACAGCCGCAGAAUCCGACGGAGGCUAUCGAAGGAUACCCAGUGAUGCUGCAUUGCGCCGCUGUUGGCGAUCCCAAACCGACCAUUCAGUGGGACAAGGACUCCCGUAUGAACAAUUUGGACAAUCCUCGUUUCGAGGUGUUGAGUAACGGAAGUCUGUACAUUAAGGAAGUGUACCUUACUGACGAGGGCAAGUACGGAUGCACCGCCGGCAACAGCGGCGGCCUCAAGCGAGAGGAGGUUCAGUUGAAUGUGAAAGCCGGAGAUAGUUACAGAGCCGAUAUGGAUCUAGAAGCCGGUGAUGACGGCUCGAUGAUGACCAAGACGGUUACCAUCACCCUGAGCGCAGCCGCCGCCUACAUGGUGCUCGUCGUCGGUCUCAUGCUGUACUGUCGUUACCGACGUCGCCGCAGGAAGCAGCAAUAUCUUCAGGAACAAACGGAAGAAAAAUUGGAGAACGGCGACGUGCAAGAGGAACAAACAGAGCUGAAGGAAAGCAGCAACAAGGCAAAUUCCACGAGUAAGAAGAAGGAGAACCGUGAUUCUCACAAGAGCGACGGCGCGGACACCGCUCAGAGCCAAAGUAGCAACCAGUCGAAAAAGUCCAAAUCGAAUUACGACAAGAUUGCCGUGUCGCGAAGCAACCUGAAGGAACUGAAGCCUCUCGGUCGGGGUGAAUUUGGCGAAAUUUACGCUACAAAGUAUCAGGUGGACGGCGAUAAGGAGUCUCUGGUGAUGGUGAAGAGUCUCACCAACACCAAGGACGAGAUGGCUCUUCAGGAGUUCAAGCGGCACCUGGAUCUCCUGCAUAAGCUCAAUCAUGAGAAUGUCGUCAAGUUGAUCGGUCUAUGUCGAGAGGAGGAGCCGGACUACAUGAUCCUAGAAUACACCGACUGGGGCGACCUGAAACAAUUCUUGAUCGCCUCGCGCAAGGACAGCAAUUCCAGUCCGACGCACGAGUCGAAGCCACCGCGCGCACCUCAGCUGUCGGUGGCGCAGAUCCUCGCGCUCUCGAAUCAAGCUGCGAAGGGCCUCAAGCACUUGGCCGACAACCGAUUGGUCCACAAGGACAUAGCCGCGCGCAACUGCCUGAUCGCUAGUAAUCUGACGAUCAAGAUCUCACUGCCGUGUAUGACCAAAGAGCCGUACCACCAAGAGUACACGAAGCAUCGGAAUCAGGUCAUCCCGCUCAGAUGGCUGCCCUAUGAAGCCGUGUACGAAGACGAGUACUCCACCAAGAGCGACGUGUACUCAUUCUCCUGUCUGGUCUGGGAGAUGUUCCAUCAGGGCGAGCUGCCCUUCAACAAGAUGAAUGACGAGUCCGUGCUGACUCAGCUCAAGGCGCAAACGCUCAUAUGGAAGCCGCACAAGGCGGCGCCGCCGACCCUGCAGGAGCUCCAGACUCAAUGCUGGGCGACCGAUCCGCGCGACAGACCAACCUUCGACGAGGUGGUCUCGAAAAUAGGAGAAAUUGUGGCCGACAGCUGCCUGUAGUAAGGCUGUUUUACGCGUAUAGUGGCCGGAUAGCGAGGCUCUGAGCGUAUCGGAAAUAUUGCAAUAGGGGUAAUGAUUGUGCUGAGCUGAACGAGAAGUAAGGCUGACGAGCGCCGACGAUCGCGCGGCGGCGAUCCUUCCGCCCGUGGAGGAUCGUCCGGGAGAGAAGAACGGCCGCA